UAAGCAUCACAUCUCACACUCUCUCGAGUGUCACGUCAGAAGAUUUGAACUUUUAGGAUCCUUUUGCGGACCUGGGCCUGAGCGGUAGUGCGCAGGUUUGGACGCGACAUCUGUCUUGUUAUCAGUCAGCAGACGUCAUCAGUUUCUAGUAGGCCCAUAGAUAUGGUUCUGUAGGGACCUACUUGUUUCUCACUUUUGUUCGCUCGCACCUUCCCACACUCGAGUGUCUCUCUCCUCCUCUCUCAUUACGCAGUUGAUCCUGUUCAGCGUUCGAGCGCGCGCUGCCAGAGGAGCACUCACUCUCACUCACACGUAGUCGUGAUGCGUGCGAUGUGAUGUGGACUGUCGUAGUUAAAGAAGGAUAUCUGUAACGCACAAAGGCGCCGCUUUUAUCGGUCUUUCCUUUUUUUUUAUUUAAAUGUGCAAUGCAUGUUUCGGUGGCGGCGUACAACGACACAAAUAAAACGGAGGCACGGUAAGUUGCUCGCGCUUCUCCGACAACCGACUGUUGCGCUAGGAGAGCGUCAGUCAAACAUGAGCGGAAACGCGGACGGAGGCGACGCGCUCGCGGAAUACGAGCUCCUCGCCACUUCAUGAGGCGCGAGCUUCGAUUCUUUAACGUUGUAGAGUGGAAGCGGGUACAAAAACAAACAGCGGAAGAGCGCGCGCAGGAUGAGAAGCACGGAGCUGCUGCUCGCCUACUUUCUCGUGAAAGUUGUGGCGUGCAACGUAGCCGGUGAGAGCGCUAGACAGAUCGGUUCGGUGGCCGUGUCCGGCUCCAACGAGUCCCGAGACGGCGAGAGCGGUCUCUCGGAGCCUCCGCACACAGAGGAUAAAUGCAGGGGCUACUACGACGUGAUGGGCCAGUGGGACCCGCCGUUCGUGUGCCGCACGGGAAGCUACCUGUACUGCUGCGGCACGUGCGGCUUCCGCUUCUGCUGCGAAUUCAAGGAAUCGCGCCUGGACCAGCGCGCGUGCACUAACGACGGCACACCGCCGUGGUCAAUGACGGGCAGACCGCCACCCAAAAAGAACGACCCGGCGCACGACCCCACGAAGGAUAAAACCAAUCUAAUCGUGUACAUCAUAUGCGGAGUGGUCGCCAUCAUGGCUCUGGUGGGGAUUUUCACCAAACUCGGCCUUGAAAAGGCGCAUCGACCUCACAGAGAAGACAUGUCUAGAGCGCUGGCGCAAGUGAUACGGCAGAGAGGAGGAGAGGAACAUGAGGAGAGCCUGGCUGUGCAUGGACAGCCCUAUGAGAACCUGCCGGCCAGGACAACAGGAAAUAACCUGCAAAGCAACCAGAUAAACAAUGUGGGUCCAGGUUCAGGCCUAAUGCAGGCAAUGACCCCAUACCCCACACUGGGACAGGUCUCUCACACCUAUGAGCAACCCCAGCCUGUCAAGGAGCUCAACAAAUAUGCAUCGUUGAAAGCAGUAGCUGAGAAAGCUAACGAAAACUUUUACACAAAUCGGAGACAUGGGGUGGAAUUGAUGACCAAAGGCACACUACCCCUGCACCCAGUGCAACUUGAGGCAGAGCCAACCAACCCUUAUAGCCCAAAGUUGCCUUGCCAAAAACAAAAUGGACACAAGGCCAAGAGCAUUAAGGUGCCGGGCUCACACCCACUGCCCUAUGGCUCCAACACCAUUUCUGCCCCAGGUAUGCUCAGGAGCCGGGAGGGAUCAGAGGCACUUGGGCGUCGCCACACAUAUGGCCCUAAAAAGCACAACACGCUACUCGAGCAGGUCAAUGAGCUGAGCUCACAGAGUCAACAUUACCUGCCUCCCCAUCCAUACUUCAUCAGCAACAGCAAGACUGAGGUGACCGUGUGAGAGGUAUGACACAGCCAGCUGACCUGAGCCUAGAGUAAUGGAAGAGGGAAAGGAAGAUUUGAGGAAGCCUGAGAGUUGCUUUUUUGUUCGUAGGGCCUGGCAUUGGCAGAGCUGCAUCAUCCAUAUGUAGGAUCUGUACUUUUUUCUUUCAGGAAUGUGCAUGAAAGAGGAUGGUGUAGGACUCACUCUGCAGCAAAAGGCAGUAUAUUUUAUAAUCUGUACUCUCUCUGUUUCAGUUACUGUAAUGUCUGCAUUAUAAUGCAAUUAAACAGUAUUGUUAUAAGCUUAUGACACAAACAAACUGUCUAACAAACUAUAAUAUUGUAAUGCAAUUACAGUCAUCUGUAGUGCAUUUUGGGAACAGUGGCACUCUGUUCAGUAAGUCAGUAAGGCUGCAUAGUUCUGGGAGACAUGGCCAGCAAUGUGUCUGGGGCAGAAACUCGCUAAUUAUGGACAGUUAAUUUUUCUUAAUCUUGCCUAGUUCAUUUUGAUAUUGUCUCAGACCAAUGUGUACCAAAACGCUGUAUCGAUACAGCAUACAUCUUCUAAACCUGGGGCUUACGCUUUUCCAUCAAACCUGGCAUCUAAAAAUGUUGUGCUUUUUUUUUUUUUUUAAGGCAAUUCCAGUGUUUUGUCAAGAACAAAGAUGAAUAUAUAGGGCUCUAUUUUCAUGCAGUUGUAAGUGUAAUUUGCUUAUUAAUGCUAGCCUGUUGCCAUUUUAGUUGGGCACAAGAAAAUUUACCCACAUUUGCUCACUGUUGCUAUUUUGAUUGUCAUGAAUGAAUGAUGGUAGAAUGGCAAAAAAGUGUGUGUGUCAUUUGAAACGGCCAGUGCAGAGGUAUUUUUAAACCCAUUCGGUAAAAAAAAGGUGCAUGGAUUAGACUGUGUCUUCCUGACCUGAGACACAAAAUUAUUAGUCUUGUCCAAUUUCUUACAGGCCUGUUUUGUGGUUGUUAACUAUUUAUAUCACUCAUGUGAACAUAAAUAGGCCACUUCACAUAAACAUAAAGUACAACAGAGAUAUUUAUUUUAUCUGUAGCAAUAAGAAUGCUAGUUACAGAUAUAGUGCACCUAUGCAUGCAUGCCUAGACCUUGAACAAAGUGAAAGUGACAGUGAUGUGUUUGCUAUAAAUGCCUUCACACCAUGACACGUCAAGGUAGGGACUGAGCGUUCAGCCUGUUCAUAGACUGUGGUGAUAACUUCUUCACCCACUGAGUCUCUGUUUAGACAACGUAGCACACACACUCUUUGCACUCUGACAGAUGAAUAACUGGCUUGAUGAACAAAUAUCUUACAUUUACAGUUAUGGCAUUUGGCAGGUGCCCUUAUCCAGAGUGACAUUUAUCUCAUUUAUACAACUUACCAGAUGAGGGUUAAGGGCCUUGCUCAAGGGCCCAGCAGUGACAGCUUGGAAGUGCUGGGAUUUGAACUCUCAACCUUCUGAUCAGCUACCAUUGCCCACAUAUCUUCACUUGCAGUUCCCCUAAUUUCUCCAUCUGGGGUUUAAUAAAGUAUUAUCUUAUCUUAAAUACCACAAGGUAUGAACUGGACACAGUAGAGAACAUUCUGCAGAUUGACCUUCAUAGAAACAUGCAAGAUCAAUAUUCUGGUUCCCAAAUUUGAGUGAGUUAACCUUAGGUAGGAAUUUUAGUUUUGGACACAAGGUUACUCUGGAAUCAAGGGCCUUGCUCAAGGGCCCAACAGUCACAGAUUAGCAGUGGUGGGUCUUGAAACCCCGACCUUACAAUCAGUAACCCAGAGCCUUAACCAUCAAGCCACCACUGCCUCCCAUCAAGCCACCACUGCCCCCAUUACAGAGCAGCAUCUCAAAUGGAUGCUUGUAUGGAGAGGUCCCACCCCAGGCUUUUGUGGACUGAUGGUGGAUUGAGGCAUCUAGUUUUCAGAAAUGCUGUUAUGAGCUACCACCAAGGUGCUACUCACUGUGCUGCGGUUAGCUCAAAUGGCCCCCACAUACAUUUUCAAACGGGGACCUGCCACUAACCUGCAGUCCCUUCAAGAUGACUAGCACUUAUGCAGUGCACUGGGUCCAAUUGACAGUGUACAUACCAUUUUUGGAACAGUUUACACCUAAGACAAAUCCCACAUACUAGGGACUCUAGUAUUUAGGAUAGUUUCCUGGACUGCUACAAUGCAGUCACUGAACAAAGCCACAGGCACAGAAGACUGUCUAGGUGUGCCAUUGCUCCCCAUUCAUGUCAGACAAUAAGUCUUACAGGGGAGGGAGUAGCCAGGGCAUUCCAACCACUAGCAAGAUGAGCAGUAGACACCAGGGUCACUCUACCCAUAGUAGAACUCUGUGGUUUGCUUGCUGAUUUGCUAAACCACAUUUGACAAUGAGCCAACUCAUUGUCAGCAAAGACAAUGAAUUGUGUGCCUCACCAAAGUUUUCCCAGAUCUUCUGCAUGACCUCUGGGUGCAGGCUCCACUCUUUUGGGCAUAUGCAGUACCUUGACUGUAUGUCCACUGCCCCAUUGUGCUGAAUUAGUAGGUAAAUUGGUGUCAGUGAGGCUAGCCAAGUAGCAAUCCUACUUGAUGUGUGCCUGUGUAAGGCCAGAGAGCUGCAACUUUUUGGGGGUCUAAAAUUGGUGAGUUUUUGAGCCCCAAGAAUUCCUGGAACUCCUGGAUUCAUGAUCCUAAGUACAUGGAGGUUAAGGCUGAACUCAGCAUUGUCUGCUUGAAUCCUAAGAUGCAGAUCCAAAAGCUGAAUGUGAGUGGUUUCUGAAUCAUUGUGCAGAGGUUUUGUUGGGGUGAGAGUAAAUGGAGGAAAAUUUUUUGUGAAAAACUGUAGGUGUCAAGUGAGUGACUUAGGUGGGGUCCGGACAGCAGCAAUGCUCAAGCCCUGCUCCAGCCCUGUUAGUGCCAGUGGCUCUGGUGGAUCUGAGGGACAUGGAUAGGUGAGGGACAGUAGGUGCCUAGGUGAGGAUGCUGUCGACGGCAUAAGGGUGAUUGAGGGACAGUGUUGAUAGCACUGGUGAGUGUAAGGGAAAUGCUGGACGCACAUGCUCCACAUCUCAUGGCCCAGAGUGACCGAGUGUGCUACUUGAGGGGUAUGCUGUUGGCAGCACAAGCGCAAUGGAGGAACAAACAUGUUCCUAACCUGUGAACUGGAGCAAGCCGCUAAAAAAACCCAACAACAAUCUAGCUAGCUUGGACAGUGCAUAAGUGUGACACAAUAUAAGCUAAGUUGCUAAGCUAGCAACUAUAGCAACCUAGCAAAUCGUAGGCCAAAUACUUACUGUGGUGGAGAGAAUCAGAAGAAGAAAACAGGGGUCUAUCACAGCUUUGGAGGAUAGGAAAAACUCCAACUGAAGUCACAACCUGCACAGAAUAACUCCAAAAUGUACAUGUGGUCCAACAUGUGCAUGAAGACAAGUAGAGAAAAAAAGAAUUGGCAUGGCUUGUAGGUAUUUAAAACAAAUGCUAUGUCCCUGUCACUUUGUCAAAGCUCUCGGCAUGCAUGUGCACAUGCACUGGGGAAUAUUGAGGUGUUCGCCACCCCUCCUGGUGGUUGGACUGGAUGAAAUAGAACAAACAACUCAGCUGUGGUUAGUACAGGCCAAUUCACAUUGAAAUCUCUUAUGAAGCACAGUAGAGGGCCGAAACAAACCCUACAUAUCUAAACAAACACAAAUGACAACACCUGGCUAAAACUUUACUAAUGCCCAUUCCUGUUGUACAUACUCAACAUGUUCUUGCAUUAAUGUGGCAGUUAUAAAGCUCGGUGCUCAAGAGCAUGAUAAAAAAUCUUACAUUAAAAAAAAAAAAAAUCUUAGUAAAAUUACCAAAUCAUGGUGAUCAUAACAUUGAAGGACCAUCCAAGCAUUUCCAGAAUAGCAGGAUAGCCAUAGCCACCCGCAGCAUCCUUGCAAUGGACAUCUUUCAACCUUUUCUUGGCUCAGACAAAUCUAUUCUGAAGCUAUUUCCAUUUUCUCUUGACAUAUCUUUUGUCAGAACUAACAGAACACUCAGUUUCUAGCCAGGCAUUUUCAAUUGCUCUUUGAAUGGAGUGCAGAGCUGAUGACGCAUCACACAUGUGCUCAUUGUAUGAGUGAACCAGCUCUGUAUGAACUCUUCAUCAAACUGCUCGUCUGUCAUGACAUUUGACGGGGAGAAAUCUGCCUCUGCCUUUAGCCGACUAUAGUGCCCCCUUGCUUCAAUGCUCAGAAUUCAGCUCUCAGUGUUGUGUUGUUAUAAAUUUUGUUUUAGUUUGUGUAGAUAUGUAGGGUAUGUUUCAGCCCUUUGUGCACAUGCUUUUGUUUUAACUACUGUUGAAAUCCACACAAGCUGUUCGAUGCACCGUGAAAAUGUACGCCUCUCUUGAAUUUUUGCUGCAUUUUUAAUUUCUCUUGUCUUUUGAUGCUUAUUUAGGCCCACUCUCAAAGAUGGUCUCAACAUCAUUAAAAGAUCCAAUAAGUCUACAUACACCUAUAUACAGUGUAUAUAUAUGAACAGUAUAUAUGAACAGUGUGAAAAGUUUUUGGGUGUGGGGGUUUUGUUCUCCAGCAAUAUGUAGCGAUUUGGUAGAAAUGUAGACAUGGCAGAGACUGCAUUUGGAAAGAAAUGAAUUAUUUUACAUUUUAAACAGGUGUUUGCUUGCGAUGUGAUCAGACAUAACGUAAGCAUUCAGUUCCAUUGAUAAAAACACUAACUGAAAAAUUGUCAUUUAUUGUUUUGUAAACAAACUACUGAAUAUAGUUUAUAUACUGUUUAAUUUCAAAAUUAGUCUAAAUCUUUUAUUUGAGUUUUUAAGUGUUUAUACCUGGAAAUCAUGGCAAGAGUAGGGGUGGGUGAUAUCACAUUUUUUCAUCAAGUAAAAAGACUAGUAUCCUGAUACAGAGUCUUCUUGUGUAUAUAAAUUUGUGAUUUUUACAGGUAGAAUUUACAGGCACAUAUAUCAGCAGUUAUAUCGUGACUUCAAUAUUAUAAGGUUCUAUAUGCCAUUUUGGUCGAAAAAAUUAAGAUCUCACCCAGACAGUCAUCAUAAUGGAUGAACUUAGCCUUGGUCAAAUAGCAUCCACAUUUUGUUUACACUGACAGAGAAGAACAGACAUCAGCUAGCUACAUGCAUUGUGCUUAAUUACCUGACGUUUCCAGUAUAAAUGGAAAUAAAGUUCAACUAGCAGAAAUGUAAGAUCCGUUUUCACAAAACCAUGUAUUGUAUGAUUGGAUAUGUUUUAAUAUUGUAAAAUGUUUUUAAGGGAAAUUUCACCUUCAGUUUUUUGAUAUCUUGUAUUUUGGAACUUGGAGAAUACAUAAAAACACAGUACUUACAGUAAAAAAAAGAAAAAGUACAGUACUUAUGAUCAUAAUGUGGUCUUAAUAGGUGCAAAAUGUCUUUCUCUGCUGAGUUUAUUACUAGACAUCUGUUAUUUAAAGAGAUUAUGAGAUUGCUUAAUAAAAAAACAGACAAAGAAACUUAUAAAACCAAUCAGUAUUUGUUAGUACUUGCAGGAUAAUAAGGUUCUAUUGGUAUUUGACCACUAUUCAAAAAUCUUCUUUUUACAGUCUCAAACUGUCAGGAUUUUAGUGUUUUGCUAGCUGGAAAUGUCAAACAGCUCUUCACCCAUUUAGAACCUUAUAAUACUAAGUUCAUGAUAUGUGGGGAAUAAAAUUUAGACUGUUCUCUUUUUAGGUCUUGUUUAAUUUCAGAAGAAGCAAUAUUACGUGCAAUACUCAUUCACACUGUAUGAAACAAUACUCACAUAAUACUCAUUCAUACUGUAUGAAAUGGUCUGGAGAGCAAAGGGAUGGCGUAAUGAGAAGUAGUUCUUCUCCUGCGCAUCAUUUAUAAUUGUAACAUUUUACUGUUCACAUUCUGUUUAAUUUAAAAACCACACACAAUAUCGAUGUUUUUAUAUCAGGCUAACUUUUCAAAAGCAACAGCCAGGAACGAAAGAAUUGAUACGCCCAUCCCUAGCCAAGAGGAAAUAUGCAGUCUCUGUGCGUGGCUGUAGCGUGGCUUGUCAACUUUGUAUAAUUCUGUUCAUAUUCUUCAUUUGCCUUCUUCACAUUUUUUUUAUGCAAUAGCACACAUUUGUAUUCAAGUCUCCACAUUUGUGAGACUACCACUGAAAUGAACAACAUAAAAUCUGCUUGCAGAGAAAACAAACAUAUUUGCUGUAAUUCAGCUGAUUUAUUAUUACCACUAAAAUUCAUAUAAAAUCUAUAUGUAAGUGAAAUCGAUUCAUAUUCAGUAUUAAAACCAUUUUUUUCCUGGCCAACUUGCCGCUCCCCAUUUCCACUUGUGCCAAUGGUCACGAAGAUACUAAAAAUAUACCAUGCUGGGUUUUUAUGCCUUGUUCUUUCACGUGUACCCUGAUCACAAAAAUAAAACAAUUAUGCUGUUGUUGACUUGUUAAAGAUGAAAUAUCAAUGUCUAGUGCCCUAAAAUCUUUCUGUUCAUUACUGUAACUUACUAGCAUCUGAUGUCUUUGUCAACUAUUUCUGUAGAAAAAAUGUUCUGUAUAACUUCCAGAAAUAAAUGUCACAUAGUGUA